AUUCCAGACAUGCGCAGUCCGUCCCUGCUGCCAGCAGCUUUGUUGCUGUUGCUACAUGCUACAUGCUACAUGCUAACUAGCACGCUCAGUAUUUCCUGCCUGUGACUGGACACAGCUAUGGACAUCGACGCGUUACUGGAGGCGUUUCAAGAUUUUGAGAAGAAAGGCAAGAAAGAGACCUGUCCUGAACUUGAGCAAUUCUUAUGUCAUGUUGCCAAGACAGGCCAGACAAUGAUCUCGUGGUCACAGUUCAAAACAUACUUUGUGUUUAAAUUGGAAAAAGUCAUGGAUGAUUUCCACACUUCAACGCCAGAGCAAAGAGCGCCACAUAAUCCUAAUGUAGACUACAUGCCCUUCGAAGACAUGAAGACGAGGAUCUUGAAAAUAGUGGAUGGUUACAAUGGAAUCCCAUUCACUAUCCAGCGUCUAUGUGAACUCCUUACGGACCCCAAACGCAACUACACUGGAACAGACAAGUUUCUCAUGGGCUUAGAGAAGAAUGUAAUGGUGGUCAGCAGUGUGUACCCCACAUCAGAGAAAAAUGGGGCAUCCAGUGUAAACAGAAUGAAUGGAGUGAUGUUUCCUGGUAACUCUUCUCUAUAUUCAGACAGUCGAAAUGUAAAUGGACCAGACACGCCAAAACCGCUCACCAGACCAAAGCUGUCAUUGUCGGCUUCGCUUUCCACCAACGGGCUCCCUGACUGUGCAGUCAGUAAAGAGCCAGAGGCAACCACAGAGGAGGUGGAGGAGCACCAUAUCCGUGAUUCCUCGCCGUCAGAGGGUGAAAUUGCACCAAACAGCGGGAUAAAGAACAAACACUCCGAGGAGGAGGAAGAGGAGGAGGAGGAUUCUGAUGCUGGCAAGCAUGAGGUCAAGAGGCUCAAGUUUGAUGAAAAAGAAGAGGACGAAACAGAAAGUGAAGAAAAGAAGUCGUCUUGUUGUAAAGGGUCAGAGAGCUCGUCAGAGACACCGGAUUCUUCAGAAGAAUCUUGUGACGCAGAGUACAAAAGUGCAACAUCUUGUGAUACACCGACUGUUUCAGAUGAUAAUGAGCCCAGCAGCACACAGACAGAACCUCCUGAAAGUGAGGAAGACUCGUCUGAGAAGGGGGAUGUCCACAGUGUGGAGAAGGACAACGCUGUGGAUCAACCCGAACAGCCUGCUCCGUCAGAGACGAGUAAAAGCUUUGAGCAGGAACAUGGAGAGAGCAGCAGCAGCAGCAGCAGCAGUGAUGGAGAGGGCCUACCAAGCGACAAGCAGGUCCCCUCUUCUAGUAGUUCACCUGACUUGUCAACAGAGGGCGACGCUGACAGUUCAAGCAGCGCAAAGACUGCAGUAGAGCCAGGGGAACAUGACUAACUGGAAGCCCAACCUGCCAACUGACUGUUUUUUACACUGUAUGAUACCACACCAAGGGUAUAUCUGUAGCACUGUGGACCUCUGGACUUCAGGACCAGGAGCGAUGUGAACCUCGAGAUCCCUCACAGAAGGAUCUUUUUUGUCCUCUUCAGUUUCAACUACUCAAGUCCACACACGUCUUUAAACUGGAAGGAAAUGAUUUCAAGAUUAUGGAGACUUUUUUUCACUGUUGACUAAAACAUUUUCUAAUCUUUUUUUCCUGAUUUUUAUAUGAGCGAUAUUAAUUUAACCUUGAUAACUGAUGUAUUCAGUAAUUUCAUUUUUAAGUCAUUUGGCAUGUAUUUCCAAAAAAAGAUACAUUUGACAAUUUGAGUUGUGUUUUGGCCUAUAAGCAUAGUUGUUUUGACCCAUGCCAUUAAGAAUGUGACACUUCACAGAUGUCUGUUUGCUUUUUCUAUGAAGCACAUAACAUAAUAAUGUAUUUCUUAUUAACAUUAUAUUGCACUUAUUUGCAUUUACCCCCUGAAGGAUGUGUAAAAUGUCACAGUUUUCCUUUGUCACUGUAUGAAGCCAAUAUAAACACACAGUAUUGCCAGUAGUAACCGGAUUUGGUUAGAUAGAAUAUUGGUUUGGCUCAAGGGAAGCCAUUUCUGCAUCAACGUCAGUCAACAGAACACAAGGUACUUUUACACUUUCUCUAGAUCAUACCUUAGUUGUACAAAAUGUCUCUUUUGAUAGCUUGGAUUUUUACAGUACGCAUCUGUAAAUCAGUUUUUGUAGACUUGUAAUACAUGUCCACUGCCUUCAUAAAUCUGAUGAUCGCUGGAAAUUGAAUGCUUGAGCUUGUAUCAUAGUAUUCAUGGAAAGCAAUAAAUGCUAAAAUUUAAA